AAAAAGUUCAGCGAAACCCCACCCUCGGUAAAAGACGUUGAAUCUACAGUGUUGGUGAUGAUGGUGGGGGCGCAAUAGACAACAGGGGUGAAAACAGGACAGAUGAUCGCAAAAGGGAGCUGCUUUACAAAAUGCCGUUUCCUUUCCGGGAUAAUGUAAAAAUUGAGAAAGGACUGGAGAAAGAAAAAAGAUGAGCCGGCUCCUGGGAGAAACGUAGCCAGAUCGAGAGGAACCGGGGAGGGACAACUGGUGUGCACUGUUGCGAUAAAACUUUUCUCGUGUGCUUCCUGUUUGGGAUUAGACGCUGGGUGAAGUACAGUCGCAGCUUCUGGCUUUAGGAUUUUCAUUUUUCUUUCCGUACUCAUUGCGCCACUGUUUUGCGACCUGCAUAAAAACAAACAAGCAAUCAGACACAGUAGGACGAGCUAGACCAGUACCUGGAAAAGGCGAGGAUAUGGAAUUGGAAGGCAACACGUAACGCACGGGCUCCACAAGCUGGAUCAGCAACUCGCCUAAGCGCCGACAAGACAGAAUUCUUCAGGUCUUUCUAUGUCCUUCGUCGUUCAGACUUUUUUACUGGCAUUUAAAGAAAAGGAAAAACAAGUAAGCCGGUGAAGCGGAGGCACGCUUCCUGUUCGACCCCUCAUUUCGGAGCUCUAAAUGUCGACUUAAAACGAGUGAAAUGAACGAUCGGACUUUUCAGGUGCAACAUGUCAAAAGAAAACCAAUGUGCUUCGGGCUACUGAUCGCCGAAUAUUGGCGACUUGAAGCGGACAAAAUGCUAGCAGUAUUGAGAAAUGUUUAAGAGUAUUUUUCUUUUAUAAGUUAUUGAUGAAAGUAUUUAUGGAAGUGCUAUUUUGUGAAUAAGCGAUACGAUAGUAUCGCAUUUUAAAGCGUUUCGUGUUUUUUCCGUUGCAAAGAAUCAAUACAAGUUGCUGCCUCGUCCAAAGUAUUGGUGUUGUUUCGUUGACAGCUUUUUUCUUUUCCUUUUAUCUUACUCUGGCAAGGUAACAUGCGAGAUGUAUGCUUGAGAAGUCAGAUGCCCUAAGAGCAGAGACUUUCGUGUAAACGGUCCACACUGCCUGUCACUUAAAUAUGAAGACUUGAUAUUCUUCUUCUUUUUUAAUCUACAAAUUUCAUCAUUCCCGUUUAUUUUAAAGCAAUCCGUGUUUACGUUCGUGCGUGGGAGCCUCACAACUUUCUUGUUGCGUUUCCUAAUGACUGGCUGGGCAAGCGCACUAAAAAGCCCGGCGCUACCAGGGGCUCUUCUUUACUUUUUUAUGCACUGAGAUCAUGACAAAAUAAACCCUCAAUGAGGAAAAAGUAAGUACGGUGGAAAUCAUCGUAGUAUUAAAAUGGAGCCAUUGAAAAGUAUUUUCUCCCGGGGACCCUUGUCUGGUUGGAAAGGCCUGGAGCAGGCAGAGAAGGGCACGUAUACAAACCCUAUCUGGACGGCGCUCUUCGACUACGAGGCAGCGGGCAAAGACGAGCUGACUUUGCGGAAGGGGGACUUGGUGGAAGUGCUGUCCCGGGACUCGGAAAUUAGCGGCGACGAGGGUUGGUGGGCGGGCAAAGUGAAUAACAAAGUGGGGAUCUUCCCGUCCAACUAUGUAUCCUUCAAGCCGGGCGGCUACAGCAAACUGUCCAACUCCGGCGUGGUGGUCGGGGAGCUGGAGCCCGAGGAGGUGGAUUUCCGGGAGCUCAGUCUGGAGGAGGUGAUUGGCGUCGGGGGCUUCGGCAAGGUCUAUCGGGGGACCUGGCGGGGCAGUCUGGUGGCAGUCAAAGCGGCCCGGCAGGAUCCGGACGAAGACAUCAGUGUGACGGCGCAGAACGUCCGCCAGGAGGCGCGCCUCUUCGCUAUGCUCACCCAUCCCAACAUUAUCACCCUAAAGGGGGUCUGUCUGCGGGAGCCUAACCUGUGCCUUAUCAUGGAGUACGCGGCUGGGGGUCCACUGAGCCGGGCUCUGGCUGGCCGUCGGGUUCCCCCACACAUACUUGUGAACUGGGCCGUACAGAUCGCCAGCGGGAUGCGUUACCUUCACAGUGAAGCCAUUGUGCCGGUCAUCCACAGAGACCUCAAGUCCAACAACAUCCUCCUGGCACAACCAAUUGAGAAUGAGGAUAUGGAGGGAAAAACACUGAAGAUCACUGAUUUUGGCCUUGCACGAGAGUGGCACAAGACAACUAAAAUGAGUACAGCAGGAACCUAUGCCUGGAUGGCACCAGAAGUCAUUAAGUCAUCUAUGUUCUCCAAAGGCAGUGAUGUCUGGGGUUAUGGAGUGCUGCUGUGGGAGCUGCUCACUGGAGAAGUGCCCUAUCGUGGAAUUGAUGGUCUGGCUGUUGCUUAUGGGGUGGCUGUCAACAAGCUGACCCUUCCUAUCCCGUCCACAUGUCCAGAGCCAUUUGCCCAGCUAAUGGCAGAAUGCUGGGACCAAGAUCCCCAUCGUCGGCCCAGCUUUGCCUCUAUCUUGGAGCAGCUCAUGGCCUUGGAGGAGCAGGUGCUGGAGGAAAUGCCUCAAGACUCCUUCCACUCACUUCAAGAUGAUUGGAAGCUAGAGAUCCAGAGCAUGUUUGAUGAGCUUCGGGCCAAGGAAAAGGAACUACUAUGCCGUGAGGAGGAGCUGAAGCGAGCUGCUCUGGAGCAGAAGUCCCACGAAGAAUUCCUCCGCCAACGUGAACAUGAGUUGGCACAGUGGGAGCUAGAUGUCUUUGAACGUGAGCUCAGCCUUCUCAUCCUUCAGAUGAACCAGGAGAAGCCCAACGUGAAAAAACGAAAGGGUACUUUCAAAAAGCACAAGCUGAAAGUUAAAAAUGGCGAGAAGAUCAGUAUGCCACUUGAUUUUAAACACAAAAUUACUGUGCAGGCAUCCCCUGGACUGGACAAAAGGAAGAAUUUUCUGGACUUGGGAUCUGGCUCACCCACUUUUGUUCCCAGGUUACGAGCAAUUCAGUUGAUACCCAGUGAGAACAAUAAGAUGGUGGGAAUUGGCUCAGGAUGGAAUCUUGACCACCUGCAGGACAAGUACCGCAAUGGAGAAAGACGAGGCAUAAACUCAUGGAGCCCUAAGCUACGAUCUCCCAACCCACAGGAGAGCAGGACUGCGAUACUUUUAGAUGAGCAUUCAUGGCGAGCUGAGAGUGAAGAGACUAGGAUAUCCUCACCUCCUGCCCCAAAUGGCACUAUCAUGAAAGAGUUCUCUUGGCCCAAACUACCUCAGGUUCCCAAUGAGACACGGAAUGGAGAGACUGCAGUGUUUGGUCUUUCACAUGCUGCAGUUUUUCCAAAACAUGACAGAAGUGGAGGUGCACUUAAGAGCACCCAUAAGGCCUUACUGGGUGGUUGUGCCUUGCUUGCAUCGAUCGCCCUGGGACGAAGUAUUGAUUCCUCUCCUAGAUGCCAGCCAAGAGCUACAAAUCAGUCAUCAUCUUGGCAGAGAGACACGCCAUCCGGGUUUGAAGAGGAAGAAGAAAAGAUCCUAAUUGAUCCUGCCGAUGACCCAAUAAGUGUAAAUAGUUUGAACAAUUUUCCUGAGCAAGAACACUCCUUUGUUAAUUCAGAUCCAUUGAUUGACUUGACUGAGUAUCCUUCUGAAGAGGUUAAGCCUAUUCCUCUUUCUCCACCACCUCCUCACCCAAGGGAAAGACAUAAUCAUCAACCAAGCCGGAAAUUUUUUGUGGCUUUAGAUGAAAUGAGUCCAGAACAGGAAAGGCCAACCUGUAACAAUGUUGGCCGUGUUUCUUGGGGUCAAGGAUUAUCUGUGGACCGGAGGAGGAAGCUAAGCGGGGAUUUGAUAUCCACACAGAAAGCUAUUGACAACCUGCCAUCUCCUGCUAGUCCUAACGGUGGACACACCGGCUCUCCUGUCACCCCCCUUCUUCCUGAUCCUCGGCUGUGGAGUCCCAAGUCCAGACGGGUAGAGGUCAACAUCAUUCCAAGGCCACGUCCAUCUGCUGCAAGACCAAGAAUUGAUCCUUGGAGUUUUAUUUCAGCAGGAUCCAAGCCCAAACAGGCCCCUGUAAACUGCUACCCAGACAACUGUGUAACAGGAGAGACAUUCCGCAGUGCCUUGGGUUACCAGCCUUCUCCCACUAACCCUUUCAUGAACUCUGAUCCAUUUCCUACAAAGGCAUCAGAUCCCUUUGACACCAAAUGUGAUCUUUUUGUAACAUCUAAACGUGAGGACUUUUUUCCUCCUUUGUCUUCGGACCCAUUUUCUGCUCCUUUUCAUUGCUCAUCCUCACACUCCUCUAGAUCUGCUCCUUCAUCAACCAAUGUUAGCCCCUCACUGACUGCUUGGCGGGUAACAGCACCUACUCAAGGGGACAGACUGCUUAUUGACUUAGGAGGUGAUGAUUGGCACACAGGUUCAACCAAAGAGAAAAGAUUAGGAAGAGCACCAUGGAGCUCUCCUGCACUAGACAGAAGGGACUGCCACAAAUUUUAAGAAUCUUAAUUAUUUUGUAUGACACUGGUCCUGUACCCAGGAUGGUCCAGGUUUCUACAAAAACUGUGAAGUAACAUUCUGGUGUGGAUUACAAAGUAGCACUGUCCUUAUUUUAUGUUCCAUGCAUAAUACUAUGUCUAACCUGGUGGUCAGGGCAAGUCAAAUGUAUGUCCAUUCUUUUAGUAGUGUUUUUAUUAUUAUUUAAAUAAAUGAAAGGAAAAGAGGUUAAGAAACAAAAGAGGAUUUGCAAUAAUCUGUAGGUGACCUAAAGUAACAUCAUCAAUCUCUCUAGCUUUACUUACUGCCUUCAUUCUCAAACCCCAGCUUAUGAGGUGUUGUAGAAGGUGGCCACAUUUUGGUAGAACACGGUAUAGAAAAAUAUAAGUGAAUGAUUCUGGGAAGAGGAAUGAUUCGUUACACUAGUCUAUGAAAUAAAUGAAAGUCCAAUUUCUUAAGGUGAACGUUCCCAAAGAACCUCUAAUUAAGCUAAAUUCAGUGCUUGACUGAAACUUUCAUUUUCUGCCUCUGCAAUUUCAGCUGUAGGUUGAACUAUUAAGUGAAAUUUUUCCCUGAGCUUUGCACAAUAUCUGGAAUUCCUAAUGACCAAAUCAGCUAACAACCGAAUUUCACGAGCUGCCAUUCUACUCUUAAGUAUUUAAAGCAAAGAAGUAACAAGGUUGUUGUCAAAAUGUUAUAUUGGCAUCAUUGCUUUCAUCACAUAGCAAAUAAUUCUGUACACCAGUGAUCUCCAUUUAAUCAUUUUACCUGUGGGCCUGCUAUCAUUUAGGUUGAUGCUCUGCUGGUGGGGAUGGAGUCACUCAAACAGAUAAUAAGAUGUGUCUGCUCGUGAAGAGGUGAUAAUCCAUUGUGCACUAGUUUUCCUUAUCAGACAGAGCUAUCCAAGGCCACACUCCCGUCUGUUCAACAGAUGUUAAAGCUGAGGCUGAAAGAUAUGGCAAACUUUAAAACUGGAGAUUACCUGACCAGAAAUUUCAAUACUCCAUAUCGAAAAUUUUAGAUACAGGUUUUGUGUGGCCACACUUUCAAGCAAGCUAAAUUAUUUGUCUCCUGGAAUUCAUUUGUAAAUAGUGUCUCAAGUUUGAACGAUAAGAAUGUACAGUAUGUCAGUCACAUUAGUCACAUUGUGAAGCAAAUAAAUACAUUUACCAAAUUUAAUGUGUUCUAGAAAUCUAGGACACUCUCUCACUCGAAAACAUGUGCAGAGAUACCAAAACAAUAGUUUUGAAUACCAGAUUUUCUCAAAUUAAGCUGUCAGGUAAAGUAUACAGUAUGUUAAAAGAUCUUGUCUAGGCCAACACCGUCAUUAUGGCUUUUUUGAAUUCCUACAGUUAUUGUGAAAAGUUACACAUUAGUUAAACAUUAUUAAUUCCUAAUAGUCAACCUUGAUGUAUGUCUGCUAAUUCCUUUAAAGCAUGACUAUGCUCAAACAGAGAGAUCACAUGUGGAGAACAUUUCAAUAAAAUUAGGCUAAGGGUAUCUUGUCACAAAGCUCAGUCCUGUUGUUUUUGCUGUCUGCAGGAACUUUUCAAAUUCAGCUCACGCUUGUCAUUGUAUUUUUUCAAUAAGUUAAAACAAGCGAUGCAAAUAAUGCACAAAUAUAUAAUGCACACAGUAUGAAGGAGAACAACACUACAUAAAAGACGGCACACACUAAUGGAACAAUACAUUCAUAUCUUGUGAAUUCCCAUUGUGAAAGUGCUCCAUUAUGGUCUUCUUGUUAUGAGUGCAGGCCUCUUGACAUCUUUAAUGCAAGAAGAUAAAAUAGGAUAUUGAGGCAAGACCAAAAUGUGACUCUUAGAAAUUCGAAGCUUACACGCUUUGACUCGACCCAAGAUGACUAGUAUGCAAGCCAUGGAAUGUGAAGUAGGUCACGGUGUCCAUCAUUGCUGAUUGGGUACAACUUUGUCAUGAAAAUUAUAGCCUGUUCUCCUUUCUGAUGAUGCAACUAUCAAGUGAGAUGCUUUUAGGAUCUGAAGAGAUACUUUAGGUCAGAUUACCAAGUACCUCUUCUUUCAUCUUCUGUUAGUCUUGCACUCUAGCCAGGCACUUCGCAGCAGUGAUCAGCAGCAAUAGCCAAUCUCUACAAGCGGCCUCUCUGCUUAGAGAACCAUGGGAGUUCUGCACAUCCACUUUCUUGGUAAUCAAAUCCAAAACUAAUCAGUCAUUGGCAAGUGUACCAAAGACUACACAUUUUUUUUCUAAAUUUCGUUUGAGAUAAGACCCAAAACAAAUGAACAACGACAAAGGAAUGAAUUUUUAGUCAUGUUUUGUUCAGGUUCAUCUUUAUCAUGGUGAUGGAGUAUAACUUGUUCUCCACCCUCAAGACUCUGUGGUAUGUACAGUUUCCCACAUUUAUCUUGAAUUGGCUUAAUAUUAUAAAUUGAUAAAAAAAUGUCUCCAUCAGGACACCAAGAUUAGUUUUCAUAUUUGCUCUUUGCCCAGCAUUCUAAGUCAUGAUUUCUUUCAACAGUUCACCUCAGUAUAUUUUCCUAUUUUACCAACUGAAUUCUGUUCUGCCACUUAAAUUCUUCAUGGUUGGUAAAAUUCAUUAUUUUGACAAUUCUGUAAAGAAGUUGUAUGGAUUUUUUUUAAAUCCUAAGUAGAAGCAAAUGUAACCUAAUGUUGGUGUCUUCAUUCAGGGCAGAGGCUUCCUCCUGAAUUCCUUUAAUGGUCGUCUGAGUCUCACUAUGGUUAAGUGCAGCAGAAGUCACCAUGUUAACGAUUCAAUAACUGUUUGUGAAAUUUCAACUUUAAAAGUCUAAAAUGCCUCCCUUGUGCACAUUACAAUAUUAAUUCAUUUUCACAUCAAUAGUAUACCUGCAAAUGCCAUGACACAUUUAGAUGUAUCAUUUGAAAUUUACAUCACUGAUGCCCCUAGGCGUAAAAACUAAAACAGGAGACGUUCAUCUGUUAAAGCACCAACUCGUGGUGACAGGCAUAGACACGCAUUAGCCAAGGAUUUCUGUCAAGAGGUUUGCUUGGAAAUUCUUUGUGCUGAUUCAAAGAUUAGAUUUUUAUUAAAAAUGAAUUUGCUUGUAUUUCUGUGGGACUCCUUAUGCAGGUUCUUGGCAAACUCUAGAAGAACGUGUUUGGUGCUGUAAUGUUUAAUUAUGCUUUGAUCUGAUUGGUUAUCUCAGCAAUUCAUCUUAUUCAGACAAGUCUUCCUCUUGUUUGUGGUUCUUCUCCAUGUAUUUUUCAAGGAUCUUAUUUACAGUACAUAUACUCGAUACCCUGUGAAUCUUAACAUUUUGAGAUGUUGACCGUUCAACAUAUGGCUGUCAUUUCUUAUUGCUGAGGUGGUGUACCGCACAAGCUCUGUGUUUGGAUUUGUAUUUAGAAAAAAAAGUUUUUUUGACAUCAUUAGCAUAAAUGGAAAAGCUUUGGGGCAGUAAAAGUGAACAUCUAUGCUUUUGAAAUGAACAUUCCAGUAUAAUGGUGCAUCUGUGAGACAGCCAACACUUUUCUGCAGCAUCCACAUCAGCCAGAGUUGAAAGCAAAACUCAGUGUAUUAGCCUGAAGAAUAAAAAUCACCAAGUUAAAUAUGUUUCAGGGUUAUUGCCCUUUAUAUAAUAAACAGUGGAAAUUGUAUUGUUCUGUAUUUCAGGCUUCAACAUAAAUCCUUUAUUCUGCACAGCUGAUAUCUGCUCAGUCUUAUUGUCAGAGAAAAUGCCUGUCUGAGGUUGUGCUGUGCCCUUCAUUGUCUGUUGUGGAGUAUCGCCUGCUAUUCAUACUCAUCUAUAUUUUAGUCUACUCAAUGGAUGAGCGGUUAUUCUUUUAAUCUUUAUAAUCUCAGCUGCAUCUCAAACUUAAGGAAUUCUGUAGGCCUAAAGUGGUGGUUUGCAAAAGAAAGUAUAAAUCUAUCACCACUUGAGUCUGUGUGAACAAGCUCAGGGUUUAUAGACUGCACUUAAACAAUAGUGUGGGAUUUUCUUGAGCCAACUCUUAAAUCACACAGCACUAACGACGGUGAACUGCAUCCCUUGGCACUUAACAGACCCCAAAAACUUAGAUUGUGUUUUUUUUCUUUCAAUGGCUAAUGGGGAAAAAAGAGGAGCUUGCUUUUUGUCAAAGCAAAAAGAAUGUGGAUGUAAGCCGGCCAUUUAGUCUAGUAUAGUGCAUUCAUACUAAUUCAACUAACAUUUUCAAGAUGGUGAUCAUCAAGUUCAGACCUGAUGGGUCUCCAUCCAUACAAUGCUCCACAUAUCUGCUGACAUAUUCUUUAAACAUGCAGAUACUCUUUUGACAUUAUUGUAACAUUCACCUUUAACCAGCUUCCAUCUCUGCUCCCAUGUUCUUAGUUCAAGAACUCAUUUCAAGCACCCAGGCUAGCAUCUACCCUGCUAAUUGACUUUUUGGUUUGUAAAAUUGAAGGAUCGGCGAAUUUUCAGUAUGUUGGGAUACAUAAAAUUAAGUUGUAAUGUAACAUUUCUGUCUCUUUCUGCCAGGUCAAUGAAAAAGGGAAGGCUUAUGGGUAUUUGUUAAAAUAGCAAGCAAUUAGACGCAACAAGUUUUGAAUCUGCUGAACUCCAGCUCGAGGAAUAAAUAUUACAUUUACAUUCUCAUUUUAUUUUCCAGUCAAGUAACCUUGCACCACUCGCCGAGACCCCCCAUCUCUCUUUUCUUCUCCUCUUUUUUCUUCAUCUUCCUCCACCUGACCACCAGCUCUGUACAGUACAUGCUCUGUUCUUCAUCCAGCUCCACGCUCUCCUUGCUCUUCACGCUUCAUUCCUCCUGUUCGCCAGCAGAAGGGCAUUCAGAGUGUGAUGUCACUUCCAUCAGCUGAUGGUGCUAUAAAAAUACUUUUCUGUAACUUUAUUGUCAUUUGGUUCAGCUGCAUUUUACAAAGGUUGAUAUGUGAGACUUUUUCCAUUCCAGCCUUUUGCCUUAAUUUGAGAGACAUUUUGAUAACGCUUUGGUUUAAGCUCAGUGUCUUUAUGAAAUUGUGUUUCACGGCAUGGCUUCAUGAGGCCUACUUUUGUACUAAGUGGAUUCACUUUCUUAAGAGUGUGAAUACAGAAUUUGUGAUGGCUUUUGUAAAGAGCUGCUUUUUAUGUAUAUACUGCACUGGGCUGGGCCUAAUUAAAAAAAAAAGUGCUUUUAAAAUAUUUUGGUGGGUUUUAACCUGUGGAUACUGGGAUUUGAAAACAAGACCAAAUAAAUAUAUGUCUGUACACUA